UCAUGGCCACAGUAGAGAAUGACCAGGAGGUCCUGAUAAGCAGCAAACCAAGACCAAAUCUCCAAGAGAUGCUGAGAGAUGUGGGACUGGCAGUUGAGUACUGGUUACCAAAGCUGCAGGAACACCUGGGUGUCACCUGUGCUGAGGCCAUACAAUAUCUAGGGAAAAAAGACCUACAGAAACUGAAAACUCAGGCACAAUAUCCCUGGGAGGAAAAAGCUCUGGAAAAGCUUCUAAAACAAUCUCAUUUAAGUACACUUUCACCACUGAAGGAGUCUCCAAUGGAAAUGAUAAAGAAAGCACAGAAGAAAGCAGAGAAGUUUCUGCAGAAGCUAAGAAGUCAGCUAUCAGAAGGAAGAAAUCGAGAGGAAGAAUCAGUCAGGGGAAAUGAGGCAGAGCUAAGGCAGGCAAUGGAUAUUCCCAAGGAUUACUGGCCAUCUCCAGAAAAGUCCCUAAAAGAAGUCACAGAAAUCAUGCAGAGACCACUCAAGUUCAUGGAGGACACACUGUCCCAAAGGCAAAAUCUCCCUGAUAAAGAGCUGAUUAGAUUGGCAUCUGGAGGACUAGCCCUGCAGGGAAUUUUCAAGACAAGCUCCCAAAAGAGCCUGUUAGAGAAGAGAGAGGAGCUGCUCAGAGUGCCUGAGAAAUUCUCAUUCUUUGGUCCUGAACAGGGAACACAAAUGGAAACAAAGGAAUUUACAUCUUCCCAGCAGAAAUCCAUCUUCACCAAGACAAUAGAGAAACUGGGCUUCAGUGCAAUUGCUGGGACCAAGGGUGGAGGCUGGGGAUGUAGCCUGGAAGCUGGUAUGGAUCGCAGCAAACAUUCAGAAUCUAGUGAAAUUGGACAGUCACAUGCUCAGCACUCAUACUACUGUGCCACCACAUUAUGCUACGUCCCAGUGGUCUCCUGCCACUUUCUCGCUGAUCAGCUCCAGCUCUCCAAUGCUGCUCUCCAGAAACUGAAACAAAUUGAAGAACUGAUCAGUGAGACUUCAGAUGCAGACAGUGUGAAAUACAGUAUUGAAGACUUUUUCCAAAGGUUUGGCUCUCAUGCUAACCAGGGCCCUCUGCACCUUGGAGGAAUCUACUGGUGGAAAGCCAUUUCAGAGGGAUUCCAAAGUGAGCAGCUGGAAGAAGUGAAACAGAUAUCAGCAGAAGCCUUGGAUAGUUACAUAAAGGGCAGCUACACUGGUUUGGGGAUCAAUGUUGCAGCAGAAGUAGAUGUGUCUAACUCCCAAUCAGAAGCAUAUUCUCAUAGCUUUCACUUAAUAAAUCACCAAACCAAAGUCCAACUAUCUGCAGCCCAAACAGGUGGCCCACCAGAAGCAAGUGACAUUUUGCAGUGGAAAGCUGGGCUAGUUGCCAGUAAUAAAACCUGGUGUGUCAUUGACCAGGAACUUCAGCUGGUUCCUGUUUGGGACAUCAUCCUCUCCAACCACAGAAGUGAGUUUAAGGAUCCUCUUAAAGUAGCUGACUGCCUGAAAGAUGCCUACACAGCUCUGACUGGCCUCACCGCCAUGAUACAUAGAGGAAAGGAUUUACUAAAUGCUGAUGAAGAAGCUAGAGCAUUCCUAGAAGAGGUGAAAUCCUGGCAGGUUUCUGAUCCUGAAGAGCAGCUUAAACAAAUGGUAAAUUUCAUGCAAAUGUUAAGCCAGAAAACAAAAAGUUAUCAUACUUGGAUUAACAUCUGUCUCACAGACUCACACCUGCAGAAUUUCCUGAUAAACACUGUCAACUAUUGCAAGGAGUCUCCCAUUCAUAAUACUGCCUUGAUUAAGUCUCGCUUGUGCAGCCUCUUGGAUCCUCACAUCUAUGAAGUGACAAGCUUUCCUCAGGCUCAAUCCAUCAGGCAGUGGAUCUUCCACAAAGAGUCACAGCAAGAACAGGCCAACAUCUGCCAAUUCUCUGAGUUAAUAAAGCAUUUAAAUGAAAUCCAAGAUGAUCUUAUGAAUAUGAAGGCCAAGACCAAGUCCCCAGAAAGAGUAGAGGAAGCUCAAAGAACAGCCACUAAAGAGGUUAGUUUGUUUCUUGGCAACUUCCUCAUUCACCUCCAAGAGGCAAAGCAGCAUGAUAUACAACUAUUGCUACUUUCCAUUGCAACUGCUGUAGGGUAUCAUAAGGUUAACUAUAGUUUUCAAUAUCUCCUGGGGUGUGAUGAGUUAUACUUCCUAGUGAAUGAAAUGCAAAGUGCCCAUGAUAAAUACCAGAAGCUCAAAAAUAUUUGCAGCUACAGGGCACAGGCAUUCCUAGUGCUCACAAGUCUGACAGCUACUGCUGGAGUCACAGCUGUUUCUCCACAGGAGAAAACUCAACGUCUGGAAUUUUUAAGAAAGCACAAGGGACAGCCAUUGUCAAAUGAAGUUACAAAUAUCCUUAGCAAACACGGAGCAAGUCAUGACUGGGAAACCCUAGAGAAAAACUUGAGAUUGCUCACUGAUGGGCAUUAUGAAGUCCCUACAUCUUCACUACAAAUAGAUAAGGUCAAAAAAGAAUUACAAAAUACCUUCCAUGAGAGGAAACCGCCACAUACACUGCAUGAGAAUGAAAAUGAUAAGUGGCAAGUGAUAGAAAAUGAAAACUUCCUUGAAUUACUCCAGCGCCUGGGCCUGGACAGUCACUACCCAAAAAGGUUGAGCAGAGCUAACUUUCAGUUGGUAUUUAAGACUUCUGUGUAUAACAGCCAGCCCAGCUCUGAACAAGAGUUCCCCUUCUAUUUCCUGCAGAAGCUGCAGAUGCUGGAUUGUGGACUGAGAUACCUAGUAUUGGGAGGUCAUGAAAACACAGAUAAUCAGCACCAUCCAGAUGCAUUAGAUCAAGAAAAUGAAACAUUUGAUCCAUUUGAAGAUCUUUCUGAAAACAGCUAUACUGUCAGUGAUCUUUCAGCUUCUAAUCGCAGACCCCACAUUCACCCUAUGGAUAUUCAGAUGGCAAUUCUUCACUGUGCAGAUGAUUUUGCCAGGCAGUAUAUUUUGGGGAAACUGUCCAUAUGUCAGUAUGCACUCCCUCUCCUCAUUCCUAAUCCCUGUAAUUCUCAAAUUGAAUUCUCUCUCUGGUCUCUCAGGCAAGUUAGGAAAAACUGGCAACAAGCAAAUAAUAUCUCAAACGAGGAGAAGUACAACUACACAAAUCAGCAGAUGUGCCGUGUCUCUGCCCCAGUGGUGUCCUUUAUUAGAGUAGGAGAUGGAUUCUCUGCUUCAAAAUCCCAGAUCAUGAACUGUCUUCUCAGUAAACGGAAACAUGAUGUCUUUUUCCAUCGGCAUUGCAAAGGGAGCACCAGAGACUGUGUCUUAAUGGCGGGUGUUGUAGAAAUCUACUGGUUCUGUCCUGGGGGAGAUGAGGAGGACAGAUUUGACAAAUGUGUGGCCUUCACCAAUCUUCACGGAGAUACUAAAGUAUACAAGCAACAACUCAACUUUCUUCUCAAGAUCUCCUCCAUCAUUGUAUUACUGAUGUCAACUUCAGGUGAUGAUAAAGAAAACCGAAAAUUUAUCCAGGAACUGAAUCAGUCAUCAUCAAAGUCAUUAAUCUUCCUGAUUGAUGACAAAGAAAAAAUGCCCAAUAAAGCUAAAAAAAGGGUGAGUAUUGGGCUCAGGAACAGAAAUGAGGCAGAAUUAACAGAAGAGCUCACAAUGGCAAUCAGGCGACUCCUGGAGCUCUCUGACACUGCUCUCAGCUUAGAGGACUGUGCCAGGGUUGCUCACAGUCAAGGAUUCAUUAUUGAUGAAGAUCACACAGAGUGUAAGGAAGCCAAAGGAAAGGCUGACACACUAGUGGCACUACUGAGAGAUAUGGAUAAGUCACAUAUGAAAGAAUAUUCACUGCCACUUCAGGGAAAGCUGUGGCAUUCAUGGUGUAAACAGGACAAAGAACUCUAUCACCUGAAAGAAAAAGGAACUAGGAGCAUUGAACAACAUAAGAGUGAAAUAGAGGCUAAAAAACAAAACAUACGACAACAACAGUUGAGCAGAGCAAUUUCUCUCAAUAAUUUCAUGAAAUCUGUCCUUGAAGUUUUCCAAAGCCAAACAGGACCUCACAAACUCUUCAUCUUGCAAUGGCUCAGUAUGUUUUUGGAUGAUCUGACUACAAAGGACUUGGAAAAACUAAAUGAAAAGAAAAAGGGUUUGUGGACAGAGAAAGAAAAAGAAAAGCAAGUGGCACCAAAGAACAACAAACUGAAACAUUUUGAAUAUGACAUAGAAGUUAUCAACACAAAAAUUACUGAUUGUACCCUGGUGGUUGAGCAUAUUCUCAGAGAAAUUGGUCAGAUCUAUGAGGCACUAGAAGAAGCAUCCUCCACAAAAGAUAAUUUUUUUCAUUCCCUUCCAGAGAUUGCUGCAGAUCUGAUGAUAUCUGGGGUUCCCAUUGAGCUGAUGGAUGGGGAAGCUGCAUAUGUGCCUCUAAAGUGGGUGGCAGCUGUUUUUGACAAAGUCUCUGAGAAACUGGGGAACAAGCGACUGUUUGUUCUCUCUGUCCUGGGACUGCAGAGCUCAGGGAAGUCCACCUUGCUGAACGCCCUGUUUGGGCUGCAGUUCACUGUCAGUGCUGGCAGGUGCACCCAGGGGGCAUAUAUGCAGCUCCUCAAGGUGGAGGAGACAUUCACAGAGGAACUUGGAUUUGACUUUUUACUUGUCGUGGACACAGAAGGGCUCCGCGCCCCAGAAUUCAGCAGUAAAUCCCAGAAUCGUGACAAUGAGUUGGCCACCUUUGUCAUUGGACUUGGAAACUUGACUCUCAUCAAUAUUUUUGGGGAAAACCCUUCAGAAAUGCAAGAUAUCCUACAAAUUGUUGUCCAAGCCUUUCUGAGGAUGAAGCAAGUGAAGAUAUCCCCAAGUUGUCUCUUUGUCCAUCAGAAUGUGGGGGAAGUUACAGCUAAGGAGCAAACCAUGGAAGGACGAAGGCAGCUAGUGCAGAGGUUAGAUGAAAUGGCAGCUACAGCAGCUGAACAAGAACAGUACUCAGAUGUAACCUGCUUCAGUGACGUCAUUAAGUUUGAUGUUAACACUCAAGUCUUCUACUUUGCUCACCUCUGGGAUGGUAACCCCCCAAUGGCCCCCCCCAAUCCUCGCUACAGCCACAACAUCCAGGAACUAAAAAGUAAUAUUCUUAAAACUGCCAAAGAGACAUCUAGGGGGAGCAUCAUGAAGAUAUCAGGUGUAAACUUACGCAUUCAAGAUCUGUGGAGGGCCCUGCUGAAUGAGAACUUCAUUUUCAGUUUCAGGAACACCCAAGAGGUCAUAGCCAUGAGUAAGUUGGAAACCAUGUAUAACUCCUGGUCCUGGAAGCUGAGAAGUCAUGUGCUAGAUUUGCACGACCAUCUCAUUAACCAGAUUCAAAAUGGAAAAAUCCAGACAAUCACCACAAGCACACUUGAGGCUGAAGUAAGAGAAAAAUAUGAAGCCAUCAAAAAAGAACUGCAAACAUAUUUCAAAGAAGAUCCUGAUUCUGCAAUACUGGUUCAAUGGGAAGAAAUUUUUGAAAAUAAGCUAAUAUACCUUAAAGAGACACUUGUAUCUGAGAGUAAAAGAAAAGUCAAUGAACUUAUUAGUUUAAAAAAAAGUCAAGAAAAAUUGGAUAGCAAAAAAGCUGUCUAUGAAAAGGAAAUACUAAAAAGAAGUCGAGAGUUGGCUUCAUCUGUUAAUGGCACAGAACUCAGUGAGGAGGAGCUACACAGGAAAUUCAAUCAGCUUUGGACAACGUGGAUCACUGAUGUGACCUCAACUCUUCAACCAGUUCCAGAACCAACAAUUAAAGAGGAUGCUGAGGGUAUCCUUUGGGAAUAUUUCCAGAAGGAGACAAAUCUGAGUGACAUUUUGAGUAAAUAUUCUGGGGAAAAGUUUCAAAUUGAUUAUAAAAACCAUAUCCACAUGACCAAGAUAUGCUAUCUAGUUCAAAUGAAAUUACAGGUUCAAGAUAAAGAGUCCAUAGAUGUAACUACUGAACACAUUGUUUCAAAAUUUGAUGAAACUAUUAAGGAUAUUUUGGGGAAAAUGUGUGACUACAAUUCAAGUUAUUUCCAUAAAAUCCUGGAAAUUAUUGAAGAGGAAGUGAACUCUGCAUCCACUAAUGAAAGGUACACAUUUACAAGUAGAUACAAAAUUGACUUAUCUCUGAGUUUAUUUAAAAAAGCAUCAGCUAUAUUUAAUAAGAUGCACAGGGCAUUCAAAAAAGCAAAUGACCCAAAAAAAUACCUGGAAAGCAAAAAAAAUGAUUUCUUCACAAGCUUUCAGAUUUCAUGUCAAGGAGCAACAUCAAUCAAAGCAUUUGUUGAUUUCCUGUGGCAGAAGCUCACCCCUGCUGUCUCUACUACCAUAGAGGGAAAAAUUGUCCCUGAAAUUGCUGGGGACAUGCGAGCAACCUGCCCUGCUUUCAAUGGAAACAGGUCCAAGCUGGAGAAAUACAUUCUCAUCUCUCUGGCAGAAGAAGAAAAUUUUGUUAAGUACUGGCAAUACAUACAUAAACCAGAAACAGUUUUCAAUGACUAUAUUGAAAAUCAUAUUAGAAGCUAUUUUUCAGAAAAGGGAUAUGAAAAAAGGAAAUAUUUUUUAAAAACAAAUUUAGAAGGCAUAAAAACUAUUAUAUGCUCAGCUAUUCAAGAGUCUACAGUAAAAUCUAAAGAUAAAAGCUGCACUGUGUCUGGGUGGUUGGAUUUCUUCUGUGAUCUCCUGGGGAGUAAUCUGAUUUUCCCACGGAAAGACCUGAUAAACAUUGAACACCAGGAGAUAAAAGAUGUUGAAUUUCUCAAACAAUCCAUGACUGAAGCUGUGGAUCCUGCAAUGGACACUGUAGAACACAACUGUCUGAGUGUGCCUAUAGAGAAAAUGGUUCCUGAAAUCAGGAAAAAACUCUCUGAACAUCUCGGUGGUUGCUGGAAACAGUGUCCCUUCUGCGGAGCCAUUUGUACAAACACAAUCCCUAACCAUGACGGAGACCACAGUGUUCCUUUCCACCGUCCAAAGGGAAUCAAUGGAAUAAAAUGGAUCAACACAGACAACUUUUCCAUUGAUUUCUGUACUUCUUCUGUAGCAAGUGACUGCUCUUUUGUUUUUAGUGAUGGCAGGAAAUUCCCAUAUAAGAACUACCAACAGGCAGGAGGGGAGUUUGCCACAUGGAGCAUCACCCCUGAUUUAUCCACCCAGCCGUACUGGAAAUGGUUUGUCUGUCACUUCAGACAGGACCUAGAAGAAGCAUAUAAGAAAAGAUUUUCAGGUCUGGGUGAAAUUCCUAAUUCAUGGACAAAAAUCACAAAACAGGAUGUAAUUGAUGACUUGAAAAAGCUGUAG